UUAUAAAGGGAUGGGAAUGUGAUGUUGUGAUUUCCAGGAAUUCCCACUUGGCACCACCUACUCUUUUAAAAUAACAUCCCUCUCAGCCUUCAUCACAAACUAGUGAGCAGAGUGGGCGAGUGGAUCAGAGAAAGAGGGUGAUGUGGGCCACGCUAAACAUCUGCCUGUAUCUGUCCCUUAAAUGCAUCUCUGCAGCUUCAAUCCUCAGAUCAGGUACUUGUCAGCUCCAGGGACGCUUCAUGUUGAAUGGGGUGUACCAGGACGGAGAUGUUAUACUUGGAGGUCUGUUUGACGUUCACUUAAUCACAGUGUUACCAGAGCUGAGCUUCAGAAUGCAGCCAAAGCCACCAUACUGUGAAAAAUUCAAUAUGGAAAACUUCAAGCAUUCACAAAUCAUGGUUUUCACUAUAGAUGAGAUCAAUAAAAAUCCAAACCUGCUGCCUAACAUCACUCUUGGUUACCAAAUUUAUGACAACUGUGUGAGGCUAGGAAUGGCGUUUCGGGCUGCCAUGUCUCUGGCUAGUGGGACACAGGAUUCCUUCUCCAAUCUCAACUGCACUGGCCCUCCUCCAGUGAUUGGGAUUGUGGGGGAUCCAGGAUCAACUCCAUCCAUUGCCAUUUCCAGUGUGCUGGGUCUAUUUCGUGUUCCUAUAGUUAGUCACUUUGCCACCUGCUCCUGUUUGAGUGACAAGAAAAAGUAUCCCUCUUUCUUCAGAACAAUCCCCAGUGAUGCCUUCCAGGUGCAGGCAAUGGUACAGAUUUUGCACCAUUUUGGAUGGACCUGGGUUGGUCUUCUCUACAGUGAUGACGAUUACGGUACCUAUGCUGCUCAGUCCUUCCAAAAGGUUGUGCAGCUGUUUGGAGUUUGUGUUGCUUAUUCUAAAAUUCUGCCCCAAAACAACCCUAGAGAAAUUCAGCAUAUAAUGGGAGUGAUUCAGGCCUCUACAGCUAGAGUGAUAGUUGCUAUUUCAACUUCAUCCUAUCUGCUGCCUUUGAUGGAUGAAGUGGUGUUGCAAAAUUUGACAGGGAGACAGUGGAUUGCAAGUGAAGCUUGGUCCAACUCACCUAUAUUUCGCACUCCACGUUUCCUGCCCUUUCUGAAGGGCACACUGGGCAUUGCCAUCAAACGUGGAGAAAUCCAGGGACUUCUUGAAUUUCUUUUACGUCUCCGUCCCAGCAAUGAUCCAAAAAAUAAUAUGCUAAAGAUCUUCUGGGAGAACAUAUUUGGGUGUAGUUUUGUAACAAAAACAGAUGGGGAGCAAGUAAAAAAGGUGUGCACAGGACAGGAGGAUCUGAGCACCACAAAUACAGCAUACACUGAUGUUUCAGGGUUAAGAGGAUCCUAUAAUGUCUAUAAGGCAGUUUAUGCCCUAGCAUAUGCGCUUCAUGACCUGAUGCAGUGUGAGGAGGGAAGAGGACCAUUCAGUGAGAACAGAUGUGCUGAAAAAACAAAUCUGAAACCCUGGCAGCUGGUCCACUACCUAAAGAAAGUGAACUUCACCACAGGCUUUGGGGAUCAUGUGUCAUUUGAUAAGAAUGGAGAUGCUCUGGCCAUCUAUGAUGUGAUUAACUGGCAGCCAAGCUCUGAUGGAUCAAUGAGGGUCCAAACGGUUGGUGUAGUAAAUAAGGGGGUGGCAACAGGCAUGGUGGUCACACUGGAUGAGAAUGCAAUAUACUGGAACUUUGAGGCAAAAAAACCCCCGCAGUCUGUGUGCAGUGAGAGUUGCCCCCAAGGCACCAGACGAGCCAGGAAGAAGGGCCUUCCUGUCUGCUGUUUUGAUUGCCUGCCAUGUGCAGAUGGAGAGAUUUCUAAUAGAACAGGUGAAGAGAUUAUUUUUGGCAAAAUUGUAAUACAAUUUAAAAGUAAUUUCCUUUUUAAGUGUUCACAUUUUCUCUGUCUCUUACUCACAGAUGCAGAGUGUAUGGUGUGUCCAGAUGACUUCUGGUCCAAUUCAGAUAAGGAUCAGUGUGUCCCCAAAGAAGUUGAGUUUCUAUCCUAUGAGGAUCCACUGGGCAUCUCUCUGACCACUGCAUCUCUGCUUGGCACCUGCUUCUGUGCUCUUGUGAUGGGUAUCUUCGCUCAUCACCGUAACACUCCCAUAGUACGCGCCAACAAUUCAGAGCUCAGCUUUCUACUGCUGGUGUCACUCAAACUGUGUUUCCUGUGUGUACUGCUGUUCAUUGGUCAGCCGCAGUUGUGGAUGUGUCAGUUAAGAUAUGCUGUGUUUGGCAUAAGCUUUGUCCUGUGUGUCUGCAGCAUUCUUGUCAAGACUAUGGUGGUAAUAGCCGUGUUUAAGUCAUCUCGACCAGAGGGCAAAGAUGCAAUGAAAUUGUUUGGACUACGUCAACAGCGAUGCACAGUUCUGGUCCUAACAGCCAUCCAGGUUGUGAUAUGUGCUGCCUGGCUAUCAACUGCUUCUCCAACUCCCCAUAAAAACAACCAGUACAUCCGCUCUAAAAUAGUAUAUGAAUGUGAUAUUGGCUCAGUGGCUGGUUUUUCUAUGCUGCUGGGAUACAUUGGAUUGUUGGCAGCAGUAAGUUUCCUGUUAGCCUUCCUUGCACGAAAUCUUCCAGAUAAUUUUAAUGAAGCAAAGUUCAUCACUUUCAGCAUGCUAAUCUUUUGUGCUGUGUGGAUUGCGUUUGUUCCAGCAUAUGUGAGCUCACCAGGGAAAUAUGCAGUAGCUGUGGAGAUUUUUGCCAUUUUAGCUUCUAGUUUUGGAUUACUGGUGGCUAUAUUUGGCCCAAAGUGCUACAUCAUCAUUUUAUAUCCAGAGAGAAACACCAAAAAAGCCAUCAUGGGAAGAGAAACACAAAAGAGAUAGUUUUACAUUAUUGUGAUGUUUCAUCUAUGUGUAAAAUUAUUUAAAAUAUUUAAAUGCCUGCUGUUUUAUAGAAUUAUAAUCAUUAAAAGGAUAGUUCACCUAAAAAUGAAAAUGAUCCCAUGAUUUAAAACACUUAUUUUACAAAUUAUUACAGUAAAAAAACCUUCAGUAAAGUGUUAAAGCAUGCUCAAGAUUCUAAAUGUAUUUAUUAUUCAUGACGGAAUAAUUACCUAAUAAUUCUAUAGGAGUCUUACACACAUGAUGUAGGCUACAGUUAGCCUAUCUAUGCAAUGCGUGCCGCAACACAUAUUAUAGGAAUGGUUUUAUGCAAAGCAAGAGAUGCAAAUAACUUGAUAUUGACCCUUAAAACUUUAAUUAAUGCUAAUUAAUGCUUGAAAGUUUAAUUAAUGCUGUCAUGUAACCAGUGUUGGGUGUAACGCGUUACAAAGUAAGUUUUUUCAGUAACUGGUAGUGUAAGGCAUUACUCGUCUGAAAAUGGUAAUAUUAUUACAGUUUUCCCGAGCUAGUUACUUGCGUUACAUUUACCAGUAGCACCUUCAUCACACACAAGGCACACAACACAGAGAACAGAAGGGAAGGGGAGGAGGGCGUGAAUGGAACAGUGAUUGGUCUGGGUUUGGCACGAGGUAUCAUUUACCAUCACCGAUUGGUCGACACCCGGCAGCCAGCAGCAGAGCGGCACCCUCAAAGACAGAUGGGGAAAAAUGGAAGCGUCAACAACGGCAAGCUCUUUUUCAGAGGAAGGUUCCCAGCAAGCUAGUUUCGACGGGUGGAGAUUCAGUCAUUAUUUUGAAUAUGUUCAACGGAAGGAAAAUAACUUGACGGUGAAGUGCACACUCUGCCCGGGGAGAAAGCUGCUCUCCACCGCUUGUAACUCUACCUCCAACUUGAAGAAGCACCUGCAGCGACAGCACGGACACAUCAAGCUCGUUGCGAAGCGACAGAGUGACAUGAACGAGCAGCCCCACAAGCAGCAAAAACUUUCAUUUGAACAUAAAGUACUACCAACAUCAAAAUCCGAGAUAAAUAAGCUUGUUGCCUCGUACGUAGUAGAAGAAAUGUUACCUCUUUCUACUGUUGAAUCGCUGUCUUUUAGAAAGAUACUCUGCAAAAUACCGAUAGCAGGGACAGACCAGCCGUUUUCCGACAGGAAAACCUUCGCAAUAUACCUAGAUAAAUGUUACGCCAUGAUGGAAAGUGAGCUGAAGAAAACGUUUGAGAGCACUGAGUAUGUGUCAAUGACCGCUGACAUCUGGACUUGUCACAACAAAAGUUACAUAGGCAUGACUGCCCAUUGGAUUGAUCCAAGCAACUUCCAUCGUGAAAAAGCAGCCCUUGCCUGCAAAAGAAUCAAAGGAUGACACACAUAUGACAUUGUGGCCACUGAAAUUGAGCAGGUUCACUCAUCUUAUGGACUGUCAGAGAAGGUCACAGCAACAGUCACAGACAAUGGAUCGAAUUUUGUUAAGGCUUUCAGGGAGUAUGAGCCCAAGCCAGCAGCAGCAGCAGCAUCCGAUUCAGAGGACGAGGGAUCAGGGGAGGAUGAAGAAGUGUCAUUUACCGAUGUACAAGAAGUGCUCUCCAUGGAACAAGAAGACCCAGGACACUUUACUCUCCCCCCUCACUUAAGAUGUGCCUCGCACACACUUAAUUUGAUAUCAACUGUUGAUAUUGAAAAAUGGUUGACAGUGACAAACAAAACAAUUUACAGAAGUGCCACUGCAAAGUGCUCUGCCCUCUGGACUAAGGCCAGCCGGUCUACAGUAGCUGCAGAGCUAGUGGAAAGCCUUUGUGGAAAAAAGCUCAUGGUGCCUACAGUGACGAGAUGGAACUCUUUCCACAAUGCAGUUGCACGAAUAACUGAGAUAUCCAGACCACAGUUGACAACUCUCUGCAGUCAGUUAGGUGUACGAGCCUUUUCCGAGCGAGAGUACAAAUUCCUUGUAGAGUAUUGCACAGUCACAAAACCGCUUACAAAAGCUUUGGACCGUUUACAAGGGGAAAAUGAUUGUUAUUAUGGCAAUCUAUUACCGACACUGGAGUCUCUGAUGUUAAAGACCUUAGCAUUGCGUCCCGGCCUCUCCGAGAUGAUGGCAAAUCUACCUGAUGUCAUAGUGCAGGCCAUCAAAACCCGCUUUGCUUCUGUUUUGGACAGUAGGGAGGGUCUCCUGGCUGCUGUCACUCUGCCGAAGUUCAAGAUGAGGUGGUUGAGGGAAGAGACCAGGAGAGAGGCCCUAAAGAAUCUGCUAAUAACAGAGUGUCGUGCUUCAUCCCUGGCUGCCCCCCACAAUGAGGAGCAUGAGGUCAGGCCUCCACAGAUUAGUCCAGCAUCCAGCAGUAGUGAGGAUGACUUUUUUGUGUUUGAGGAAGAGCAGGAUUCAGGAUCUUUUGGCCCAGACAGGGAGGUGAUGGAGUACCUGAAGUCUGGGUCAGAGAUGGGGGUCCUAGACAACUUCCCCAGAAUUAAGAACUUAUCUUUAAAAUACAAUACAGCACUAGCAUCCAGUGCUCCAGUGGAGAGGCUAUUCAGCCUGGGAAGCCUUGUUCUCACUCCAAGGAGGAACAGGUUAGGAGACAAGCGCUUUGAGAGACUCCUCCUUAUGAGGUAUAACCACUACUUUGACAAAUAAGCUGACACAUUCAGAAGCUCAUAUUUUGCACCAGAAAAAUGCAUUACAGUAAAUGCCAACUGUAUUUUUCCUUUUAUUUACUUUGAGACUUCUGUAUUUGCUUUAACUCAUUUCAACAACCUACCUCUCCUCUGCACUGUUUUGCUUUUUAACAAUUUACCUCUCCUCUACACAGUGCUAGUAAGGCCAGUCUUUUUAAUUUAUGGAUAUAUUUUUUUGAGGAAGUUAAUAUUUUUUUUGUUUGUACUUGUUAAUCGACAAUCAAAUUGAUUGUUUGCACUAGAUGGUUUUUGUUAAACAUUGAGGAAGUUAAUAUGUUCUUGUACUUGUUAUAAAUUGACAAUCAAAUUGAUUGUUUGCACCAGACGGUGUUUGUUAAACAUUGAGGAAGUUAAUACUUGUUUGUACUUGAUUGCACAAGUACAGUUGUUUGUAGUUAUUUGUGCUAGACAGUGCCAGUCUGUUGUUGGCGUAAUAAAGACCCUAAAGAACA